AUGCCGUGGCGUCUAGCUAGCAGACAGACGGAGUCCGGCCCCACGCGUUGGGGCUCGUCGGAGGGCGGGGACCUGGCGGUGGACGGCGGCGUGGGCGUGGAGGCGCGGAGCGUGCGGUGCGAGUGCUGCGGGAUGGCGGAGGAGUGCACGCCCACGUACAUCGGGCGCGUCCGGGAGCGGUUCCAGGGGAAGUGGGUGUGCGGGCUGUGCGCCGAGGCCGUCAAGGAGCGGCAGGCGCGUGAGCCCGCGCUCACCGUGGGCGGCGCCGUGGCGGCGCACGCCGCCAUGUGCGAGCGCUUCAACUCCACCGUCCGCCUCAACCCCAAGCUGUCCCUCGCCAGCUCCAUGCGCGACAUCGCGCGCAAGAGCAGCAUGCACCGGAGCCGCAGGAACAGCGUCGACGGCGGCGGCGGCGCCACCGCCACACCGCCGUCCGCCUGCGGCGGCGACAAGCUCGGCCGCGCCAGCAGCUGCGCGCUCCCCUACGUCUGA